AUGAAAAAAAGAAUAAUAAUAAGAUUUUAUGUUCAAAGAAAAGUAGAAUAUGGACAAUUUAUAAAGUUGACAGGGUCAGUACCAGGAUUGGGUAGUUGGUGUGUUGAUAGAGCAAUCAAUAUGACUUGGAGUCAAGAUGAUUGGUGGACUGGAGAGUAUCAAUGUGAAAGUCUAUUUUCAACCAAUACACACAAGAAUACAUUUAAAUUGGAACCUUCAUUUGGUUUAAGAUUAGAUGAGAACAGUACUAGUACUACUACUGAUCUACUAUCAAUAGAUAAUCAAUCAUCAUCUUCUACAUCAACUAGUGGAUGUUCUACACCUAAUCCAUAUCAUAUACAAACACAACAAUCACUAUCACCUUUACUUAAAGGUAUUUCACCACAAUUUAUAGAUUUGGAGUACAAAUAUGUUCUCUUUGGUGAUUAUUCACAAUCAUGGGAACCAGAACGUAAUCAUAAGAUUUCUUUUAUGAUUUGGAGUGGUAAUAGUAUAGAUGGAACAUCAUCACCUAGUCAUUCUUCAUCAUCGGGAGAUGAUGAAUUAUUUAUAGAGAUUCGUGAUGAAUGGGGAGGAGGUAAUGGAGUAUGUCCUACUUUAGAUUUUCAAGCUUCAACACCUUUAUCCAAUAAUAAUAGACAUAAUAAUAGUAGUAGUAUCAUCAAAGAUUCUGAUCACAAUCAACAUCCAAUGCAACAACAACUUCAAAAUCAAUUUAAUCAAUUCUUUGAUGAUUGUAGUAAUAGUAGUAUUGAUAGUAAUAGUAGUAGUAAUAGUAAUAGUAUUAGUUCUAUUACUGAAUCUAUAAACUUAUCAACAUCACAUGUACCAGCCAAUUCAUAUCAAUUUUUACAUCCAUUGGAUCCUCAUCCAGUACCAUUUUAUCCAAGUCAAGUUUGUACUUUUGUAGUGACAGAUGAAGGAUGUUCAGAUGCUCACUCGGUCUUGUUGGUUUCCAACUUUUUCGGAUCAGAUAUUAGUAGAUCCAUUCAAAUGAUUCCAAUCAAACAGGUGGGUGUACCAUAUACCAUCUGGAUUGGACAACUCUAUGCUCCAUUGCCCAUCAAAUUUGAAUACAAAUAUGUUGUCAUGAGUAACAACAAUGCCGGUAUCUAUUGGGAAAAAGGAUCAAGAAUCUUUUCUCCUUCUAUUCAUGGACCUCGUCUGCUUGUAAAUAAUGACGGUGCUCUCAGAGUAUCAGAUGCAAGUCCAUCUUGGAUUACUACUGGUCUUGUUGGUCUUGCUGAACAUGAUAAUAAUUGUUCCCUACUUUCAAUUGUUCAUUUAUUAUAUCAAAUUAAUCCUCUUCGACAUAUAUUAUUAAAUUUAAGAGGAAAAAUUGGAUUUCCUUUUACUCAAUGUUUAGCAAGUAUAUUUACAUCAAUGGAAAUGGGAUCACAAACAACUGAAGUUAAUCCAUUACAAAAUAGAAUUGGAAAUUGUAUAGAUUCUGGUGAAAUCCUAAAUAUCAUAUUAUUUUCUUUAAUUGAAGAAAUUGAAAGAAUUUCAAAAAUAUCAAAUUAUGAACAAGAUAUUUGUAUAAACAAAAUAUUUCAAGGAGAAUUAUCACAAUCAUCAGUAGUAUUGGAUAAAAAAGGAAAUAUAGUUUCAUCAAAAACCAAUCAUGAAAAGUUUGUUAAUAUUAUAUUACCAGUACGUGGAUUUUCAUCUUUGGAGGAAUCAUUAAAACAUUACAAGUACACGGUGGAACAUUUGACAGAGGAUCAUUCAUUUCAAACCAUUGUCAAUUUGGAAUUGAUGCCAGAGGUUUUUAUCAUUCAACUCGAUCGUACUCAUUAUUUGUUUGAUCAAAAACGUACUGUAAAGAUUUGUGAUCGUUUUUCAUUCCCAAAGAAAUUUAUACCAGUCGAUCGUGACUUGUAUCGUCUCAAAGGUAUCAUUUGUCAUACUGGUGCCAUUGGUGAUAGCUAUGAUCCAUUUACAGGUGGUCACUACUUUUUAUAUGUUCGUCGUCGUAAACAAUGGUACAAAUGUGAUGGUUCCCACGUUGAAACCGUUUCUCAAAAAGAAGCCUAUUAUAAUAGUUUUGGUGGAAUCAAUGAUCAACAAGCCUAUAUUUUAAUUUAUGAAAAACAAAAAAGUUAA